AUGGAGGCCAGCCACGUCGAACGAGAGGUGGAAGACGUGAUCGAGGAUGACAUGACGGACGUGGAUGGGUGCCUGCACCUGCAGUUCUUGUCGACUUUGCGAGUCACCAGGAACGAGGGAAUUGUCGUCAAAAUUCGACAGCUGAUUCUGAUGAAAGUGAGCUCUCAAAGGAACAUUUUCGGCCGACUAUGCCUCCAAGAGAUGCAUACCACCACCCUCCUAGUGGAAACGUAUCCCGAAGGGGAUGAAAUAGGAGAACCGAUGGAGGAAGAGGAUAUGUAG